CUCAUUUACUCCGGGUCGAUUUUAUUUUGAAAUCCAUAAGGGGAAACAGUAUUUCCUAUCUGUGCCGCCUUGACAGCCGGAGCAUCUUAGCGGUCCUCCUCCUCAGUUGCACCCUUCAAUUCAAGCGUGCGCCGGGAAAAAAAAAGGGAUGCGACUUGAACAUGGAAAACAACACCCGUAUCACGCAUGAAGGACUUUCACAUCGAAUUUGGUGAUUUCUCACCCCCCACCCCCCUUUCUUUUCUUUUUCUUCCUUCUCACAAUGAGCGAGGCGACGAUGCGGGUCAGGGGCCAGUUGAUUGCGACGGUCAAGGAUACUUGGACCGGCGAGGUGUCAGCAUGACUUGGGCGGAAAACUGACCUCCAUGCUGAAGCGGAGUCCCCGGGGAGGACCAUGGCGAAGAGGAGAGGGCUGCUGUUGUCUCUGCUCUACUUGCUCGCGGACUUGUGGCUCAGUUGGCAGCAGGUCCUCCGGAUUGGCGGCAUCUUCGAGACGCUGGAGACCGAGCCCAUCAGUGUGGAGGAGCUGGCCUUUAAGUUUGCAGUGACAAACAUCAACAGGAAUCGGACCCUCAUGCCAAACACCACGUUGACCUACGACGUCCAGAGAAUAAAUCUCUUUGACAGCUUCGAGGCCUCCAGAAGAGCCUGUGACCAAUUGGCACUGGGUGUGGGGGCCGUGUUCGGACCGUCGCACAGCUCGUCGGUGAGCGCCGUUCAGUCCAUCUGCAACGCCCUGGAAGUCCCUCACAUCCAGACGCGCUGGAAGCAUCCAUCCGUGGACAACCGAGACAGCUUCUACAUUAACCUCUAUCCCGAAUAUGCCUCCAUAAGUCGAGCCGUGCUGGACAUAGUGCAGUACUACAAGUGGAAGACGGUUACCGUGGUCUACGAGGACGCGACGGGCCUGAUCCGCUUGCAAGAGCUGAUCAAAGCUCCGUCCAGAUACAGCAUCAAAAUCAAGAUCCGCCAGCUGCAAAUGGGAAGCAAAGAUGCGCGGCCGCUCCUCAAGGAGAUGAAGAAGGGGAAGGAGUUUUACGUCAUCUUCGACUGCUCCUACCAAACAUCGGCUGAUGUCCUCAAGCAGAUCCUGUCCAUGGGGAUGAUGACAGAAUAUUAUCACUUCUUCUUCACCACGCUGGACCUAUUUGCACUGGACCUGGAGCCGUACCGCUAUAGCGGCGUCAACAUGACGGGCUUCCGGCUGCUCAACAUCGACAACCCCAAGGUGGCCUCGGUGGUGGAGAGGUGGGCCAUGGAGCGGCUGCAGGCCCCCUCCAAGGCCGAGACGGGAAUGAUGGAAGGCAUGAUGACGACGGAGGCGUCUCUGAUGUACGACGCCGUGUAUAUGGUGGCGGCGGCGUCGCAGCGCGCCGCCCAGAUCACCGUCAGUUCGCUUCAGUGCCACCGACACAAGCCGUGGCGCUUCGGCCCGCGCUUCAUGAACAUGCUCAAAGACGCGCAGUGGAACGGCUUAACAGGACAAAUCGUCAUUAACAAGACAGACGGCCUGCGCAAAGAUUUUGAUUUGGACGUGAUCAGCCUGAAGGAGGACGGCUUGGAGAAGACAAUCGCAGGCAACAAUCGCCUGAAUAAAGUGUGGAAAAAGAUUGGCGUCUGGAACUCCCAGACGGGCCUGAAUUUAACAGAAAACAACAAGGACUCCAGCACAAAUGUCACCGACUCCAUGGCCAACAGGACCCUCAUCGUCACCACUAUUCUGGAAAAUCCCUACGUGAUGUACAAGAAGUCCGACAAGCCACUGUACGGCAACGACCGCUUCGAGGGAUACUGCUUGGACCUCCUCAAGGAGCUCUCCAACAUCCUGGGUUUCUCCUACGAGGUCAAGCUGGUGUCCGACGGGAAAUACGGCGCGCAGAACGACAAAGGCGAGUGGAACGGCAUGGUGCGCGAGCUCAUCGACCACGUAGCCGACUUGGCGGUGGCCCCCCUCACCAUCACCUACGUGCGGGAGAAAGUGAUCGACUUCUCCAAGCCCUUCAUGACGCUGGGCAUCAGCAUCCUCUACCACAAACCCAACGGCACCAACCCGGGUGUCUUCUCCUUCCUCAACCCGCUGUCCCCGGAUAUCUGGAUGUAUGUGCUGCUGGCUUGCCUCGGCGUCAGCUGCGUGCUCUUUGUCAUCGCCAGGUUCACUCCGUACGAGUGGUACAAUCCCCACCCCUGCAACCCGGACUCGGACGUGGUUGAAAACAAUUUCACCCUCAUAAACAGCGUGUGGUUCGGAGUUGGAGCACUUAUGCAGCAAGGUUCCGAGCUGAUGCCCAAGGCCCUGUCCACCCGGAUAGUUGGCGGAAUUUGGUGGUUUUUCACGCUGAUCAUCAUUUCCUCCUACACCGCUAACUUGGCUGCCUUUCUCACGGUGGAGAGGAUGGACUCGCCCAUCGACUCCGCCGACGACUUGGCCAAGCAAACCAAAAUCGAGUACGGCGCGGUCAGAGACGGAUCCACCAUGACAUUUUUCAAGAAAUCUAAGAUCUCAACCUACGAGAAGAUGUGGGCCUUCAUGAGUAGCCGGAAAAACACCGCCUUGGUGAAGAACAACCGCGAGGGCAUCCAGAGGGUCCUCACGACCGACUACGCUCUCCUGAUGGAGUCGACCAGCAUCGAGUACAUCAGCCAGCGCAACUGCAACCUCACGCAGAUUGGCGGUCUGAUCGAUUCCAAGGGCUACGGCGUGGGGACACCAAUAGGCUCCCCUUACAGAGACAAAGUGACGAUAGCCAUCCUGCAGCUUCAGGAGGAAGGCAAGCUGCACAUGAUGAAGGAGAAGUGGUGGCGCGGCAACGGCUGCCCCGAGGAGGACAGCAAAGAGGCCAGCGCCCUGGGCGUGGAGAACAUCGGCGGCAUCUUCAUCGUGCUGGCGGCCGGACUGGUCCUUUCCGUUUUCGUGGCUAUCGGAGAGUUCAUCUACAAAUCCAGGAAAAACUUGGACAUCGAGGAGGUGAGCGUCGGCCAGUGCGAGUGGCACAACAAGUAUUGACGCGCUCUGGUUUUGAAGGACGCGCCCGAGGACUUGAACGCCGCACGCGUUUGGGCACCGCCUUUCGGAGGGUGACAGAAAAUGUCCGAACGUGGUGAACUGCAUUGUUACAAUCAAAACUUUUUAAUCGCAGAGUUGAGUGUUUUCUGUAGUUUUGAUGUAGAGCUCAUGAAUAUUUUAAUUGAAAGAAUACAUUAAAAAGUCCUGGGGGGUUGGGGGGGGGAUAAUAGACUCUGGUCAGCGUUUGACAUCAUGAUGCUUUACCAUCAUGGCCUUUCUGUUUUUAUGCAAAACAAAAACACAAAUUGUACUUUUUUUUGUGUGUGUGGAACAAAAUGUAUUUCAUGUUUUGUUUUGUUUUUUGGGGGGGUGGGUCAAGUCAUGCUGAAAAGGCAUUCAACAACCGGGUGUGCAAUACUUACCGCCAUUUUUUUUUGUUCUGCAACUGCUUUUCAAAACAUUGUUUAUCAGUGAAUAUUCUUGUCAAAUUUAUUGUAUUUAUCAAGUUUGUGUGUCGUUUUUCUCUUGAGCAUGUAAGAUGUCGCGUCAGAAUUGUUUCUGAAUGAAGAAAAAGAAAAUCUGUGAAAAACAUGACACCCUUUUAACCCUUUGAUUGCUGCUUGUUUCGUAUUGCUGUGUUGACGUUCUUAUUUUGUUCCCCGUUUGCCACCAUUUCCAAUCACGCACGAACCGUUUUGGUCACAUUAUUACACAAAUGACAUCACUGCAAACUUUGUCUCAUUUUUGGCAUGCUAAAGGUUAUUUAGACGAUCAAACCACUUUGCUGUAUACUACUAGCCAAUGAAUUUCUAUGAAUUGCUCAUUAAAUGAACAAUUUGAGCUCACUGGUACGUUAUAUUUGACAUUCCGAAACACCAGGGGGCAGUGUGAGAAAAAAAUGCGGGGGAUAAUAAACAAAGGGAAAAUUUACCACACGUUCCUUCUUGAGUUUUGUGAAAAUGUGUUCGAGUGAAGUUUGCUGGUUGAAAAUAAUGGAUACUGUCUAUUCUAACUCGACGUUCUUUCGUGCGGCGGCGUAGUGUGUCAAAAAUGCGAAAUAACUGUCCAGUCAUUUGUUCUGGCGCUACUCCCACGGAUUUAUGUCGGACAGUCUAACAAUUGUCUCCUCGCGGUUGAAGCCAGAGGGCAGCCAUCUUACGCUGCCACUGUGACUCACAAUGUCGGUGAAGUCUUCACUUUUGACUUUUAUGACCGAGCAUGAACUGAUAUGAGCCGAUUUCCCAACUAAAACUCGUUUCAGAUUAAUCCCUCUGAGCGCCAGGUAGGCGUGAGUAAGAGUUGCUUUAAAAAAAAAAAAUGCUUGCUGCUCCACUUGUAGUAAACUGUUGGCUAAUCUCAAGUAGCAAGAGACAAGAGUGUUAGCUCGCUUUGCUAGCCUUGGGUCGAUCCGUCUUCUGGCCUCUCUCACUUGGCUGACACGUUUUAGUGUUACGGUCCUCCUUUCGAUAAUCCUGUCAACGGAAUACUAGCCGCCGAAAAUGAGGUUCAAAGGAGACUGCGCGGCGUGUAAUCAGGAUACAGUCGCUUAACGGCUUAUACGAUUAAUGUUGUGUCACAAAAAAGGUCGAGGACCUUAUGUUGGGAAUGAUAGUCAACUAUUGUGUUUUUCUCCAUGUGACACUCAGACCCCUGCGGAAAAAAAAAAUCCAAUAUUGUUGCAGAUCAAAGGUGGUCUGAAUAAUGCAAGCUAUUUUUUGGGGCCAGUACAGUCCACUGGCGAUUGUUGUAGCUGAUUCUGGGCAGAAAAAAAUUGUAAGAUAUACUUACUUGUGCGUUCUAUUAGCACGUAUGUGGUGUGAUUUAGCGUAGAAAGUGGACAAAGCUCCAGAUGUUUUAAUUAAUUUCUAAUCCCCCUGUUUCCUAAUCCUUGCUAGCAACUCUUGCCUUUCAGAGGGAUAAUCGCUGGUGUAAUUGCGAAACGUAAGCACAGCCGAAAGCAAGCAGCUAAAGCGACAAAGACUUACAAUGAUACAAUAUCAAAUUGGUUUUUUUUUUGAAUCAGUUAAAAAGAUAUGAUAAGUGGAGUGAAACCUGGCAGAUCGAGUUCUUGUUCACGACCGAUUUAAGGUUUUGGUAUUCUGAUGAAUUCCAGGAUUGGUCUUAAACUGCUUUGGUUUUGUUUGCCGCUCUUUAAUCUUCUAACCCUGCGUUCUUAAUCAGAACUGGGGGCAGGUUUUUAAUCUGGCAUGAAUGAGGCCGCGGAUUAGCAGCCUCUGACCUUGCCAUGCCGCGCAGCUGCCGCUUCUUCCUCCUCAAAUCAAGGCUCUCUUUUCUGCACGGCUCGCAAAAAA